AUGUAUAGGAAUGGAGAAAUGUUAAUAGCUCUUUUGUAUUCUGUUGGGAACUCAUGCACACGAAUUUACGAUGAAUUUUGCACCCAAACGAAUAGCGAAUGUGGUCAUAAUAUGGUCUAUAAGACUGUUGAACGAUUAAUUUACACCGAUGAAACAUUAAAUCUUGAAACGUGCAUUCAAGAGUGCAAAUGUAUCAGCGAUGAAUAUGUGCAGAGCAAUGGACAGUGCAUUAAGCAAAACAACAUUCCAGCAUUGCGAAAUGAAACUGAGCGAAUUUCUGAAAUUUUGCCCAAAUAUUGUGCGGGAAGAUUGUGUGCACUUGACGAAAAAGUCUCUGAUACUUUGUGCUCAUUAACGGGAAAGAAAUGUGGGCUGAAUAUGGUAUUCAAAACCGUACAUCAGUCUUUACGCAUGAGACUGGGUACAGUACCUUCAACGUUUCGAGCUGAAAUUUUGCCUAAAUACUGCGCGGGAAGAGAGUGUGCACUUGACGAAGAGAUUUCUGAUGUUUCAUGUACCUUAGCAGGGAAAAUAUGUGGAACCAAUAUGAUAUUUGGUAAUAUCGGUAAAUCGCAUACAACCAAUGGUGCUGAAGUUUGCUUCCAAAAAUGUACUUGUAUAAGUGAAGAAUACAUCAAAACAAAUGGUCAAUGCAUACUUUCUGCGAAAAGAAAAAAAACUACAACACCAAUUUUAACCCAACAAUCUACCACUUCCACCGGAUAUCCACAACUUCCCGUGCAACGAACUAUCCAAAAGCCUCCUGAGACUCGCGCAAAUUGCGAAGGGCGAUCCUGCGAGAUUCGCGACCCACUUUGCACACUAACAAGUCGGAAAUGUGGUCAUAAUAUGGUCUACAAAACGUCCGAACGAUUGAUUUACAUCGAUGGUCAUCUUGAAAUAUGCAUUCAACAAUGCAAAUGCAUCAGCGAAGAAUAUAUAGAAAAAGAUGGGCGAUGCAUUAAGCAAGAAAGAAAGGAAAAUGAAACGCAGGUCACAUAA